GUUUGUUAGCAGGUUUAGUUUGUGCUGAGCUAGGCUAGCUUUAGACACUGCCAACAUCAGUGGCUAUGGCUUUUGGGUUUGGCCUUAGUGUGAUCUUGCUCCUGUCUGUGUGGACAACUGCAAAAUGUGAUCAUGUUCCCAAUGAAGUUCUUCAUAUGGAGUGUCGUGAUCGUUACUUCAUGAUAGCUGUUGAUCUCUUCUACACUGGGAAUGAACCUUCCUUUGAGGCUGUUGAUGAAACAGGUGUGUACCCCAUCACUAAGCAGUAUGCAGCAAAGUGCGGCUACAGUGUCAGUGUUUUCCCUGCAUCGGGACAUGUGGAGCUCAGAGCCUCUUACUUCAGCUGCCAUGCUGACAACAAGAAGGAUGAAGUGUUCACAUUCAACUUCAACCUAAUUGUGACACACAAAGGAAAGGAAGUCACCUAUGCUUUGAACAAGACCUGUUCUCCCUCUCUACCUUGGUCUCCCAGAGAGGUCACCUGUGAGGUCAACUACAUGGAAGUCACUGUGAGUAGUGAUGUGGCCUGUCCAGGGACAAAGAAGGGUGAUUGGGAUGCUGUUGUCAAAACGGCUUAUGCCUCAGCCACUGCAGAUUGGCAGGUGAUGUUUCAGAAGGUGCAGCAGGAGCUGUUGCCCAUUAGCCUUAAAACUGCUAAGACGCACGGCUAUGCAUUUGACUUGACAGAUGGAAGGCUUGUAUUUCGUACUCCGUAUGGACAACCUGAAUCAUACAGCAAUGAGGUGAAUGGUGUUCCAGUAGAGGUGGUCCAUGCAACACUUUUCUCAAGACAAAGCUGGGUUUUAGUCAUGGUUGACCUGGUGGCUGCUUGCUCCAUGCACAAAGGAUCAUAUGACAACAGUGGCUACAUUAUGUGGGAGACUCCUGAGGUGCUCCAUCCGUUGGUGUCAGGUCAUAACAGGAUGCAGGUCAACAUUGGAGUCAAUGGUGAACUUGUGGCGCAGCCAGUUGCAGAGAAGAGAGGCUACAUUGUGAAGCUGCAAAACUCCACAGUUGAGAUCAGCAUCCCCUAUAGUGCUGAAGGAGGAUACAGGAAGAGCAUUGUGUCUGGGAACCUCUACGAGUUCUACAUGUUUCAUUUCUACUUUGAGCAAAUCUCACUGGAUGGGGAUCAUGUUGACACCAGACUUCGUGUUCACAGGACACUUGCCACUCCCCUGGUGCCACGCCCUGUUUCCACUGCAAACAGAACAGUUUCUGAGGAGCGCACAUUCACUGUCUACCUCGGGGACAUCCCUGAAGAUGUUGCGUUGGCUGCGGUUCAUUUGAAUGGACAGGAAUUUACAGUUCCGUUUACAAAUGCAAGCAGAGCCAAGAUCACAAAAGUUGUCGUUGCCAACCACACUCAUGGCUACACUCUGAAGGUGCCUUUUGAUGACUCUGUCGUCAAGCAGCGGUUAAUCAAAAGUGCAACAAUUAUGCACAUGCUGGACAUCAACUACACAUUGACCGUUCUGCCGGAAAAUGAGCCUUUUUACCAAGUAACAUCAGUGAUGGCGUUAACUAAUGCCUCUUCUCCAGCCUUUGAUGCUGUCUGUUCGGAGUCUGGCAUCAGCUUUAAACUGGACCACCGGCCUAUUGACUACCUUUGGGAGAUCUGCAUCGGCUCAGAGCUGCUGACAUCAGAGCUGGCAGCUAAGCACGGCUACAUCAUGAGUAACAAUACCCAGAGACUGCUGCUCGAGGUGCCGCUCUUCACUCUUGGCUACAAGUACAAGGACAUUACUUUGAACGGCUUCUUUGGCACUUUUGAGCUCCUCAUGCGGGACCAUCAAACAGUUGAGGUUCAAAAUUCAACUGUAAAGACUUGUCAGUUCUCAGCUACUGAACUCAUUGUGUGUUCAGCUGAUGGCAGGAUAACUGUUUUGGCUGACUUGCCUUCGGUCAUCACAAGUGAAGGAGAUCCUGCUAGAAUCAACCUGGUAGACAGAAACUGUGUACCCAAAGAGAUGGACGGCACCAGGGCUCUCUUUUCUUUUCCAAUAAACAGCUGUGGCGCCACAGUCAAGCUUGGCAAGGAGUAUGUGACUUAUGAAAAUGACAUUUUCUUCAGCAAAAAGUCUCAUGGUCAAGCUGACUCCAGCAAUGCUUCUCACAGGGUGACGAUGCAGUGUACAUAUCCUCUGGCUGGACUGUUGCGUCUUUUUUUAGUAUACAGGUUUGAGUCUGACACCGCUGGUGUUGGCCGUAUUGUGCAUUUUGCACACUCCAGUGAAGGUCUGAGGCCCACCAUAAAGCCCACAACAAUUCUUCAAACACCAUUGUCCACGCAAAAAGUUUCAAUUCAACCUGCUUAUGCUCAGUAUCUCAACGUAUCUAGCGUUCCAAACAAUAUCUCAAAAAACAUUGCCCGCUUUUCAGAGAACAUGGCCAGCUUUUUAAAGAACAUAUCCAGCUUCCCAAACAAUCUUUUCAGAGAACGUUGCCAGCGUCCCAAAGAAUAUAUCCAGUUUUCCAAACAAUGUCUCAAAUAA